AUGGUGAAUGCAAAUGAUAAUAUCCCAUUCUGGAAGACACAUCUUCAAAAUUUAACUGACUUACAAGUACCGACAGAUUAUCCUAGAUCUUUGCCUCCACGUACAGUAGAAGAGGUUCAAGCAUUUGAUCUUCCUGAACAAACAUUAAUGAGUCUUGUCCAAUUUUCUUUAAUACCUGUUCGUCCUACACCUUUUCAUAUCAUCUUAGCUGCAUUUUCGGUUCUCUUACAACGUUAUACAGGUGAUGAAGACUUUCCUAUCGGUACUUCUUCUCCAACUGGUAAUCCUUUAAUCCUACGUCUAAAUGUAGAUCCUACUAAAUCAUUAAGUAAUCUGAUCGACAUGAUUACAAAGGUCGAACAAGAAGCUUUAAUGCAUGAAACAUCAAUUGAUCAAAUAUAUGAAGCUAUCUAUGAAGGCAUUGAUAUGGAUUCUAGACGUCCACUUUGUCGAGUUCGGUUUUAUAAUGCGAUUGAUACACCAUCUCAACAGCACUUGAAGAAUACAUCAGCUAGCUCUGAUUUAACAAUCUUUAUUUCUUCUCCUGAGCAAUCCUCCUCUCUUAGAACCUCUUUUCUUCGUCCUAUAUCUAUUCGUAUUGUCUAUAAUCAAAUUUUAUUCUCUCCUAAACGUAUCAGUUACAUCUUUUCACAGUUGGUUACUUUAAUCGAAGCAGCUGCUAAAAAUCAGGAUCUACCAGUAGGUAAGAUCCUUUUGUCCGAUUCAGGUUUACCUGGUUCUCCGCUUCCAGAUCCAACUUUAGAUUUGCAUUGGUCUCAAUGGAGAGGUGCUAUCACAGAUAUCUUUGCUUCAAAUGCUAGUAAGCACCCUGAACGUACUUGCAUCGUAGAAUCUCUGGAUGGUACAGACAAGAGGAUUAUUUAUAAUUAUCAACAAAUUCAUUAUGCUUCUAAUAUGGUGGCUCAUUACCUAUUAAAUAAUGGAAUCCAAAGAGAAGAUGUAGUUAUGAUUUAUGCCUUUAGAGGUGUUGAUCUUGUUAUUGCCAUAAUGGGUGUUCUUAAAGCUGGUGCUACCUUUAGUGUAAUUGAUCCUGCUUAUCCUCCUGCUCGUCAAGAAAUUUAUCUUUCUGUUGCAAAACCUCGUGGAUUGAUUGUUUUGAAAGAAGCUGGUUCUAUUGCUGAUUCAGUAAGAGACUACAUUAAGAGAGAACAACAUAUUAUUUGUGAAAUUCCAAGUCUCAAGAUUGAUCCUAAUGGACAUCUAUAUGGUGGUAUUUCGAAUAAUAAUACAGAGGAUUUAUUAGAUAAUGUUCGUGAUAAAGCUUCUAAAAAUGUCAAUGUUGUGAUUGGUCCUGAUAGCAUUGGCACUUUAAGUUUCACAAGUGGUAGUACGGGUAUUCCUAAGGGUGUACGGGGUCGACACUUUUCUUUAACCCAUUUCUAUCCUUGGAUGGCAGAAACGUUUGGACUUUCAAGUAAUGAUAAGUUUACGAUGCUUUCAGGUAUUGCACAUGAUCCUAUUCAACGUGAUAUCUUUACUCCUCUAUUCUUGGGUGCGGAGCUACAUGUUCCUACAUCUGAAGACAUUGGUAUCCCCGGACGUCUUGCUGAAUGGAUGAAUAAAUCUCAAGUCACCGUCACUCAUUUGACACCUGCUAUGGGUCAACUUUUAUCUUCUCAUGCUCAAGUAGAGAUUCCAUCGUUACUGAAUGCUUUCUUUGUUGGCGACAUCUUAACUAAGCGUGAUGCAGCUCGUAUUCAAAAGUAUGCUCCUAAUGUUGCUGUCAUCAAUAUGUAUGGUACUACUGAAACGCAACGUUCUGUUUCUCAUUUUAUUGUACCUGCUCGCUCUACUCACCCUGCAUUCUUAACUUCUCAAAAGGAUGUCAUUGCAGCUGGUAAAGGCAUGGUAAACGUUCAGCUCUUGGUUGUCAAUCGUCAUGAUCGUACAAAGAUGUGUGGUGUAGGUGAGAUUGGCGAAAUCUAUGUUCGUGCUCCUGGUCUUGCUGAGGGGUAUCUUGAAUUACCUGAAGCCACAGCUGAGAAAUUCAUUCCUAAUUGGUUUGUGCCAAACCCUUACGAGAAUGAAGAUCAUGAUGAAUCGUGUGUAGAAGGGAAUGCAUGGAAGGAAUUCUAUUUAGGUAAACGAGACCGUAUGUAUCGCUCAGGUGAUUUAGGUCGAUAUCGUCCUGAUGGAAAUGUUGAAUGUACGGGUCGUGCUGAUGAUCAAAUCAAGAUUCGUGGGUUCCGUAUUGAACUAGGUGAGAUCGAUACCCAUUUGUCUCAACAUCCCUGUAUUCGUGAAAAUGUUACUCUGGUUCGUCGUGAUAAGAAUGAAGAGCAGACAUUAGUUGCCUACUUUGUGCCAAAUAUCUCUGCUACAAAUGCCGACUUUGCAAGUGCAACUGAAGAUGAUGAACAAGAUCAUGAUCCUAAUGAUCUUCGUUCAACUCAUCGUUACCGUAGACUGAUUCGACACAUCCGUGAUUACUUGAAGCAAAAGCUUCCAUCCUAUGCUAUCCCCUCUGUCUUUGUACCUUUAGUUCGUAUGCCGCUUACCCCGAAUGGUAAAGUAGAUAAGAAUGCUUUACCAUUCCCAGAUACGGCUCAUUUCAAUAAAAAGGUCGUUACAUCAAAUCAGGGUCCACUUUCAGCUAUGUCGCCUAAUGAAGCUAUUAUUCAUGACAUCUGGAAAGAACUUCUCCCAGCUUCUGAUCCUGUCAUUGAUGUAAAUGAAAAUUUCUUUGAUAUCGGUGGUCAUUCCUUGAUUGCUACACGUCUUAUUUUUGAAAUUCGUCAGAGGUUCCAGGUGGAUACUCCUCUUGGUCUUGUCUUUGCUGAACCCACCAUCGCUGGUCUUGCUCGUGAAGUCACAAAGUUACAAAGUAGUGAUUUGUUACUUGAGGGCAACACUCAUCCAGAGCCAUCCAAGGAAACAGCGGGAAAGAAGGAAGAAGUAGAUUAUGCUGCUGACCUUGAGCUCUUGGGUCAAGAAUUUAUUGCCACCUCUUAUCGUCCUUUAGUGACUCCUAAUGAGGGACGUAGAUUUGUGUUGACAGGCUGUACUGGUUUCUUGGGCGCCUUUAUCCUUGAUAAACUCCUUAGUUAUCCUGAUACAGAGAAGGUCAUCUGUAUUGUUCGUGCUAAAGACAAAUCACUUGCCUUCCAACGUGUCAAACAAGCUGCGAUGAAUCAUUUAGUUUGGAAGGAGGACUGGGAAAAUCGUAUUGAGGCUAUCUGUGGUGAUUUGGCAGGUGACCACUUGGGACUCUCAGAGGAGGAUUGGAACUAUUGUACAUCAUCGUCAGAUGCAGUUAUUCACAAUGGUGCUCUUGUCCAUUGGGUCUAUCCAUAUCAUCAAUUGCGUGCACCCAAUGUCCUCGGUACCCUUUGGGCUAUGCGUUUAGCAACUGAACACACUCAAAAGUCAUUCCAUUUCGUCUCCUCUACUUCCGUUCUCGAUACCCCCGCCUAUAUUGAACCUGGUUUGCCUGUCUCUGAAGAAGAUGAUCUUGAAAGAGGACGUACAGGACUUGAAAACGGAUAUGGUCAAAGCAAGUGGGUAGCAGAAAAGCUGAUUAUGGAGGCUCAAAGACGUGGUAUGCCUGCCACCAUCAUCCGACCUGGUUAUAUCUUGGGUGAUUCACGCACCGGUGUCACAAAUACGGAUGAUUUUAUCUGGCGUUUGUUAAAGGGAUGUGUAGAACUUGGCUAUUUACCUGCUAUGGCUAAUGAUGUUAACUGUUGUUCAGUCGACUAUGUUGCCUCGGUUGUCGCAAGCUCGGCUUAUCAUCAUGAAGUAUCUACAAAAUUACGUGUUCUUCAGGUGACGCAUCCAGCAAACUUCACCUUUAAUGAUCUAUUUGGUGCAUUAUUAACUUUUGGUUACUCAUGCCAACAGACAGAAUACAUUGAUUGGAGAAACAAGUUGAUGGAGUACACACUCAAGUCACAAAAUCAUUCACUUUUCCCUCUUCUUCAUUUUGUCUUGGAUGAUUUACCAACAUCUACUAAGAGUGCUCUAUUGGAUGAUAGUCAUACUAAAAGCUUGUUAGCUCUUGAUAACGUUCAACAACCCUUAAUGACUCUUGAUUUGCUAGGUCUCUAUCUAGCUUAUCUAAUUAAAGUUGGAUAUAUGCCUACACCUACAGCUCAUGAUGGUCGCCCUCUACCUAAAUUGAACGCAAAUGUUACUUUAUUACAACGUAGUGGUGCCAAGCAUUAA